UUGCCGCUGAAGCAGCAAAUGUGGCAAACCAAGUUCUUGUCUUCCUGGCAACAUUCAUCCACCUCACAAUCUCAUUCGAUGGUUGGUCAAGCAAACGCGGUGAUGAAAUCUAUACUGUUCACAUCACUACACCUAUGAGACACUCAUUUCUGGUGGAUGGUUUGAUCUUAACUGGGGAGUCUACUGAUGCCGAAAGCUUAUUUACACGGAUUGGAGAAAUCAUUAUCCGCUAUGUUGUUUACCGUUUUUCCAUGAUUGUUUCCGACACAACUGGAAAUGUCAAGAAAUGUCGCCGACUUAUCUGUACAAAGUGGCCAUGGAUACUCAACUGUCCUGAUCCCUGUCACCAACUCAACCUCAUGAUGAAGGAUGUUAUGGUUGGAUCAAAAAAAUAUCCAAAAAUUCUUGCAUUUACGGAAACUAAAGAGUUACAAAAGUAUAUCAUUCAUGGCUCUGAUCGUUUCAAAUUUCAACUUCAGCUUCACAAUGCAAAUUUGCUACUACAACCUAUUGCACGCGGCCUACUGACUCUCGAAGGACAGAACACAAUGUGCUCCGAUGUCUUCUUUGUCUUCAUUGGCAUUGCGAUUGGUUUCACCCGUGUGUUUCAAGAUCCAACUAGUGAUGUUUAUUGUCAUCGCGCUGAGACUUUUGCUGUUUUUGACCGCCGUUUUGAUAUAUUCCUCAAUGACUGUACAAAAGAUAUGUUUAUCCUUGCUUAUCUGCUUGACCCCAUGUACUACCCAGAUGGAGCUCUACGCCUUGAACUCCCUCCCCGAUCUGAAUUCAGGCAGAGCUCCUGUACACCUCUAGUCCGGCGCUUAAUCGGAUCGGCUCUUCAAAUGCUUCAAAAUGAACAAAAAAGAGAGCGAUUGGGCACCGAGGAAGAUGGGCGCACGAUGGUAAAAGAGCUCACUGCAUAUCUGUAUCGCGAAUCCCCCUUUGAUAUCCCUGUGAAGGAUGCAAGUAAGCGGCUUGAAUGGUGGAAUCACAUAUCAAAAGACAGUGGUGCUUGUCAGGUUUUGAAACUCGGUAUCAAACUUUUUAGUGUGUCACCAUCCGAGAUGUGCGAUGAGCGAGGCGCCUCCAAGUUGUCAGGCCUUGAUACUGCGAAGCGUAAUGGCUUGACUGGUCAGAACUUAAUUUGGAUGGCUCAGCUUCAACAAUAUUGGCGGUAUGGAUUUUCGGAUCCGAAAUAUACACACAUGGCAAGACUUGACCUGGACCAGCCUUCCACUUCCAGCUCUAUCCAGCUCCCAGCUCCGACUUUGAACGAUCUUCUGAACCCGGCCGGUCCAGAGAUAGACGAGGAAAACCUUAGCUUCAACAUAUCUGAUCCAUAUGGGGCUACAGCACUUGAAGAUGGGGAGAACGAAGACGACGAAGAGAUGGAUGAUACGGGUGUCAUUCCUAUCAUUACUCGAGCCAGCAUUGACCGCCUCAAAAUCGAGUCGCUUGUCAAUUUGUCCUGUGGCAAACUGCUUGAGCGCUACGAUCCGCCAUCGCAGAUGAAGAAUGUUCCGAAGGAGAAGCCAUCGAACACUCAAUCACAACAAGCAUCAAAAAAAUGGAGUGCGAAGGACUCCGAGUGGUCUCUUGACAGUGUCUGGUAGAUAUUUAGUUGUUCAAUACUUAUAAUACCUAUGAUACAAGAUAUAAUACGUGUAUUAUACGGUAUUAUACCUAGAAAAAAAAUUGCCUGCGGCGCUUACAUAAUACUGGUAUAAUACAUAUAAUACGAGUGAUAC